UUUUGUGCCUCUGGGUUUAGAAACUCUGUGCUUUGACUCUAUGUCGAACGCGCCCAUUUUCUUCUUCCAUACACGUACUUCCGGGUCACUUCCGUGUUAUCCAGUCGUCACGUUUCAAGUAAAAUUUUUGUAAAGCAAAAUGUAAAACAUAUGUGAAAAGUUGGUCACGAGUGUUGUAAAAUCAUGAAGAUUGUCAGUUGGAACAUUAAUGGCAUAAGGACUUUCAAGGGCGGAAUUAAAAAGGCGCUUGAUUCGCUGGAUGCAGACAUCAUAUGUGUCCAAGAGACGAAAGUAACAAGAGACCUGCUGGAUGAGAGGACUGCUAUUGUUGAAGGUUAUAACUCCUAUUUCAGCUUCAGUCGUGGACGCAGCGGCUACUCAGGAGUUGCUACUUACUGCAAAGACAGUGCCACCCCAUUUGCUGCAGAGGAGGGCUUGACCGGCCUGCUGACCACCAACCAUGAGGGGACCAUUGGAUGCUAUGGUGACCCGAGAGAGUUCUCCAGUGAGGAGCUGCAGCUCCUGGACAACGAGGGAAGGGCUGUUCUCACACAGCACAGAGUCAUGUGUGAAAACCGACCUGAAACAGUUACAGUUAUCAAUGUAUACUGCCCACGAGCUGACCCAGAAAAGCCUGAACGUAAACAGUUCAAAUUGCAGUUCUACAAGCUGCUUCAAUGUCGGGCUGAAGCCAUUUUGGAAGCUGGGAGCCAUGUAAUCGUCUUAGGAGACGUGAAUACAUCCCACCGGCCCAUAGAUCACUGUGACCCAGAUGCAAUAGAUGAUUUUGAGGAUCACCCCGGGAGGAAAUGGCUAAACGGUUUACUGGUUGAUGACAGUGAAGGAAAGGAGUGUGAAAAAGAUGAUGAUGAAGAGUCUGAGAAUACCUCCUCAAAACCCCUCAGCACCGGCAAGUUUGUGGACACCUUCCGCCAUUUUCACCCAACACGCUCCAAGGCCUUCACCUGUUGGAACACUAUGACUGGAGCCAGGCAGACCAACUAUGGCACACGUAUCGACUACAUCUUCGCAGACCAUCCCUUGGUUAAGAUGGGGUUUGUGGCAGCAGACAUCAUGCCAGAGGUGGAGGGGUCUGAUCACUGCCCCAUCUGGGGGAAACUCAGCUGCCCCAUCCUGCCCAGCUCCAAGCUGCCUCCCCUCUGUACCCGCCACCUACCAGAGUUCGCUGGCAGGCAGCAGAAACUCUCACGUUUCCUGGUCAAGGUGGACCAACAACAGCCUGCCAGAGAGGCCUGCAGGGACCCACUACCAGGAUCUCAGGAGGCUGGGGAGACCCGAGAGAACCUGAAUCCACUGGGAGCAGCAGGGACCAGCGCCACUGGAAAGAAGAGGAAGUUGGCAGUGGAAUCUGGUGUCCCAAAGGGCAAAAAGAUUAAGACACUGAAGGCUGCUAACCCAAAGCCCCAGGGCAACCUCCUAGCCUUUUUCAAGCCCAAAUCCACACCUGUGGUCCCAACCAGGGAAUGCCCUGUGAGUCAGUGUGAGAGGGGAGAAGAGAGAAAUGAAGUGACCCCAUCACAGCCACAGACCCUCAAGGGAGGACAUUCUGCAGGACAAGAUGUCCCUUCAAUUACAGGCACGUGCACAGAAGAUCCCCAGGGUGUCUGUAUGGGAGACAAAGUCCUUGCACCUGGCAGCACCAUGGAGGAUGCCAGUGUCAAUAGUCAAAACCAGGGGAAGGAUGCAGCCCUGGCUUCAGAGCCUACUGUAGACCCCUCAUGUCCCAGGAAGGGGGCGUCACUGGGGGGGUUCUGGAAGACGGUCCUGCGUGGGCCACCCCCACCGCCCCCCUGUAAGGCGCAUGGGGAACCCUGUGUACUCCGCACAGUCAAGAAGGCAGGGCCAAACAUGGGCAAGCAGUUCUUUGUGUGUAACCGCCCUCAGGGCCAUGCAUCCAAUCCUGAGGCUCGCUGUAACUUCUUUUCCUGGGUGGAUAAAGGAAAAUAGUGACUAUGCUGUAGAAACGCACUGACAUUUCCUCCAUGUACUGUUUUAUAAGCGUUGUUAAUCUGUAAUUUGGAUUUAUUAGUAAAAUGAAGACGAUAGUUUUAAAAAUGACAAAGUUUAAAAAACUUCAGUAACGUAUUUCACGUAAUCACGUUCAGAGGCCUCCUUCUCACCAUAUGGCAAGCGUCCCAAAGCUUACUGUUGGUGUUGUGUAUAUUUACUGGUUAUGAAAUGACAAUGGAUGCUAAACGUAGUCACAGAGUGAUCUGUUUCUCUUCAUCUAUAAUGCAACAUGAGCAUGAAUAGACAGUGGUUAUUGUCAGAAAAUAGACUGUUGUCAAUUUAAUUAUACCAUGGUAUUCCUUGUGUGCUGCUGUGCUGUGUUCUUUAUGCUCACUAGAUGGUAGCAGGACUCAAGUAUGAUCAUCAUAGUAGAUGGGAAAAUCACCCAAUUAUUUCAACAAUUGUGUCUCAAUGUAAUUUAUCAUUCUGUAGAGCUCAAAUAUGGAGUUGGGUAUGCCAAGGUUUCGCAUCCUUCCUAUGCGUACUAAUCUUUUUUUUAUUUGAAUUUAUGGUCUUUCAGCUUUGCAUGUCAAGAGCUGAGGAAGCUCUUGACAUGCAAUAUAUUACAGAUGUUUCAUCACAUAUUGUGAUUUAAUCACAAUAAAAGAUUAAAUACAGCUGUGAUGAAACAUCUGUUAUAUAUUAGGACGCAGAGCUUCAUUGUCUUUUCAUUUAACAUCUAUUGUAGGGAAUUUGAAAACCUGCUGUAUGUAAAAGUCUGCCUUCUGAGUGAACAUUCCCCCAUGUACUCCUCAUAGUGAUGCUCUGUCAAUUGUGUUGAGGAACAGAACACUUCAAGGCCUUACUGUAAGUAUUGGGAGUGGCUAAGUAGGAGUAUCUGCUUCUAUCCCAAGCAGUUUUUCUCUCCUCCCCAUCCUUCCUCUCUUCCUCUUUCUUGCAAGGAAGGCGUUUCACUGUACUUGUGCAUGUGACAUUGAAACUUGAAACUCCUCUCAUGAAGUUCCAAACAAGACUCCCUGGCUUUCCAGUAUACAUUGGGACAUCAUGAGCAGCACCUGUAUCUGCAACUGAAGCAUUUGUACAGUAUAUCGGCCAUCAUUCCCUGGUGGGUCCUGAGAGACCUGUGUGUCAAUAUAAUCCACUAAAAGAUUAAAUCACAAUAUGUUUUUGGGCCACAUAAUCAGAGAUAGGCUUACAUUACGUUCUAAAACGGUAGCUGUCCAUAGUGCUGUUAUCCCAUUGGCCCCAUGUGGUUAUUGUUGUUGGCAAGGUGGGCACGGGCUAGCCCACACCAAACCCAACACAGGGUUCCAGGCCUUUCUAUCAUGCCAAUUUGGGCAUGUUUGCUUGCAUAUGUCUCACUGUUCAAAUGUCAACAUAAAGCUUCCUAUGACCUAGCUUUUUGUUCAAACUCAUCUGUUUUGUAUUCUAGGGACUAGUGAGUAGACUGGACCAUGUUUUUAUGGACACACACAAUCAAUCGUUUUUCCUGUACAGUGCUAUAUUUGUAACCUAUAGUGUCCGGGCACCCCACUUUAAGCUCUUUGACCACAGUAAAGGUCCAGCAACACUUACUAUGACCUAGCUUUUUGUUCAAACUCACCUGUUUUGUAUUCUAGGGACUCUAGUGAGUAGACUGGACCAUGGUUUUACGGAAUCACAAUAGUUUUCCUGUACAGUGCUAGUAGCCUAUGUGCUGGAUACAGACAUUUUAUUAUUUAUUUGACCUUAAAACAUGUUUUAAAUGUAAUGUAAAUGUCUUAAAUAUGAACAUAUCAAGUAUUGUUAAUGUUUAGAUCAUUUUCUUACAUAUAUCAUAAAUAUAUAUACGUUAUUGA